AUGGUAGAGAGCGUGCCGGGCAUGAAGGUGCUCAUCAUGGACAAAGAAACGACUGGCAUCGUCAGUUUGGUGUACUCGCAGUCACAGAUUCUACAAAAGGAGGUCUACCUCUUUGAGCGCAUAGAUGCCGAGGGACGCGAGCUCAUGGCCCACCUCAAGGCCAUCUGCUUCCUGCGCCCGACGGCAGAGAACGUCCAGGCCCUGUGCCGUGAGCUCAGGAAGCCCAAAUACGGCGAAUACCACCUCUUCUUCUCGAACAUUAUGCCGAGCCACUUCCUCGAGGAGCUGGCCGAAGCGGACGAGCACGAAGUCGUCCAGCAAGUGCAGGAGUUCUACGCCGAUUUUUACGCACUCAACCCUGGCCUGUUUUCGCUCAACAUCGAGACCUUCAUUGGUCUUGAGACACCGCAGCUCAGAGAGGUCAUCGAGAGAACGAGCGACGGACUCGCGUCGGUGCUGCUGGCGUUCAAGCGGAAGCCGGUCAUCCGGUGCGCACGCAACUCGGAGAUCGGUCAACGCGUGGCCCAGGAUAUCACAAAGCGCAUGACCCAGGAGAAGAGCCUGUUCGACUUCAGGCGCACGGAAACGGCGCCCCUCCUGAUUAUCCUCGAUCGUCGUAACGAUCCCGUGUCGCCGCUGCUUCACCAGUGGACCUACCAAGCGAUGGUCCACGAGCUGCUGGGCAUCCAAAACAACAGAGUCGACCUCUCGCGCGCGCCCGGUGUGCGCAAAGAGCUCAAGGAAGUGGUUCUUACCACCGAGCAAGACCCGUUCUACAAGAGCAACAUCUACAGCAACUUCGGCGAACUCGGCGUCAACAUCAAGCACCUCGUUGAUGAGUUCCAGACCAAGACCAAGUCGAACCAGAACAUUCAGAGCAUCGCCGACAUGAAGCGCUUCGUGGAGGAGUACCCCGAGUUCCGGAAGCUGUCGGGCAACGUGUCCAAGCACGUGGCCGUCAUGUCGGAGCUCUCGCGCCUGGUGGACCACCGGAACCUCCUCAACGUCUCCGAGACCGAACAGGAGCUCGCCUGCCGGCAGGACCACUCCGGCGCUGUCAAGCGAGUCAAAGCGAUGCUGGAGCAGACCCAGCCCGAGUUGGACCCGCACGACAUCCUCAAGGCCGUGCUCCUCUACACGCUACGGUACGAGAACACGUCGGGCAACAAGGUCGACGACUACAUCGAGAAGAUGUUUUCCAUCGGUUUCGAUCAGGAGCACAUUGGCUUGAUCUCGGCCAUCCGCAUGUACGCCGGGGCGUCGGUCCGCCUGGGGGAUCUCUUCGAGAACAAGUCCUUCAUCAAGAUGGCCCGCUCCACCAUCACCCGAGGUCUCAAGGGCGUGGAUAACAUCUACACGGAGCACUCGCCCAUGAUCCGUAACAUUCUGCAGCAGGUUCUCGAGGGGAGUCUGCCCGAAGACGACUACCCCUUCGUCAGCGGCGCGCCCAGCAGGGAGAGGCCGCAGGAGAUCUUCGUCUUCGUGAUGGGCGGCGCCACCUACGAGGAGGCCCUCGCCGUCCACCAGCUCGCGGGCGAAACCAACGCCCGGAUCCUCCUGGGCGCCUCCACCAUCCACAACUCGGGCAGCUUCAUCGACGAGCUGCUUAGGGUACGCCGCGCCGCCACCGGCAGCACCGGGAGCUCACGCAGGCGCGCCGGCUCUGGCGCCUAA